AUGCUGCCACAUGUCGGCUCAGGGCCCGCCUCUCUCCCUGCCAAGGCGCAAUUUGUUGCUUACAUGGCCCGCCGGCUUUGCUCCACCUGCCUUGGGUAUUCCCCUCCGGAUGACCCUCGCAGCCUGGCGCACCUCAAAGUGGAAACCUCCGGGAAGCUUCUGGAAGACCAGGUCGUUGCAGGGCUGGACAGCCUCUGCUGGAAUAUCGAGCGUGAAAUGACCCGCCACGUCAGCACCUAUCUCAGGCGCCACCCUGCCUUAGCAACCGGUAACUGGCACGCGCCCCGGAGCUACGGCCGAGCCAAAGGCGGCAGGUUCGGCGGCGGCAGCCACGGCAGGUUCGGCGCCGGGUGGUACGGGACGAGCAGCAGCAGUCUGCAUGCGAGUGAGCCACUGAACCGGCUGUCUGCUGCUAUGGCACUGUCACAGCUCAGGAGGAUGGAGGUGCCUUCCCAUCGAUCCAACACCUCUGCUGCUGCCAGACAGAUUCAUGCCACGUUCUUCGGCCGCAUCUGCCCACUGGAAACCCCCAAGUCCGAGGCGAUAGGGUUAUCCCUCAACCUUUCGCUUGCUACCUGUGUCUCUGGGGAGUGGGGAGAGGAGGAGGAGGACGAGGAUCAGGAGGAAGACGGGAAAGAGAAGGAAGGAGAUGGUGCGAAAGCGGUUGAGAGUGGUGAUGAUGAUGACAUCUGGGGUUUGGAGGAUAUUGGUGAUGGUGCUGAUAACCCUUGGGCUUUGGACAAGGAUGGUCGUAGUGAUGGUGCGAGGGAUGCUAAGGGAGAGGGACGCAGUGCAGCGAGGGGUGGUGACGUGGCGUUUGGUGACUGGUGGCUGGUGAAGGAGCUGCAGACACGUGGGAUGGUCCUCCUGGAGAGCGAGGGGGUGAGAAGAGGAGGAGGAGAGGAGGAGGAGGAGGAGGAGGAGGAGGAGGAGGAGGAGGAGGAGGAGGAGGAGGAGGAGAAGUUUGGCUCGGCAUGGCCUAUCACCCCGCCCUGCACUCCCUGCACCUCGCCUCGUCCCCGGCUCGGCAUGGCCUAUCACCCCGCCCUGCACGCCCUCCACCUCGCCUCCUCCCCGGGUCGCAUCCUCCGCCCCUUGCUGCUGCAGCAGCCACCCAUUGACCUUCCACCCAGCACCACCAGCAGCAGCAGCAAGAGCAACAGCUGGGAGCAGGCAUGGGAGACAAUGCUCGCAUCAGGGGCAGUGGAGUAUGUAGACGCAGCAGAGGAAGCAACCAACUGCAAGCCUGCCCCAGCAGAACCCUACAUGGCUGCAGAGCAGCGCAAGGAACUCUCCGAAACAAGCCUGGAGGAUAUCUGCGGCGGUGCAGCACGGGAUGCUCGGCAGCAAUCUCCGGACUCUACCCUGUCUCUGUCGUCCUUUCUUCGAGACUCAUGUGGUUUAGAAGCGUCUGCGCGUCACUCCCACAUGGAGAUUCAUCCGGAGCUCAUGUUUGGUGCGAUUGCGUCGGCUCUGCCGUUUGUGAAUCACAAUGGCGUUUCUCGCAGCACUGGGGCAGCUCACAUGUUCAAGCAGAUUCAUCCCGAUCUCAUGUUUGGCGCCAUUGCGUCGGCUCUGCCGUUUGUGAAUCACAAUGGCGUUUCUCGCAGCACUGGAGCAGCCCACAUGUUCAAGCAGUCCAGCUUCCCUGCCCUCCUCCUUCCCCCCACCUCCCCUACAGGCCAUGGGCGUGCCACCCUACAACCUCCCCCUCGCUCCGACCGCACCCAUUUUGCUCUGCACUACCCCCAGCGACCCCUCCUGAUUCCUCGUUCGUUCCCUAUUUCCUCUUCCCCCCUUCUCCUCUACCCACCUCUCCCACAGGCCAUGGGUGUGCCACCCUACAACCUCUGCCAUCGUUCCGACCGCACCCUUUUUGCUCUGCACUACCCUCAACGGCCCCUCGUGGCCUCCAGAAUUGCUGAACUCGCCAGUGGCCUUUCAGACUUCCCCAAUGGCCAGAACGCCAUCGUCGCCGUGAUGAGCGCUGGAUACAACCAGGAGGACGCGCUGAUAAUCAACCAGGCGUCAGUCGACAGGGGCCUGUUCGGCAGCACCACAUUUAGAAGCUUCGUGGAAGAGGAGGCGGCUGCAGGGAAGGCUUGGCGUGCAGGGUGGGAUGCAGAUGGUCUUACUGAUAGCGAUGAUGAUGCUGCUGGUGCUGGUGCUGGUGCUGCUGGUGGUGCUGCUGCUGCUGGUGCUGCUGCUGCUGCUGCUGCUGCUGCUGCUGCUGCUGCUGCUGCUGCUGCUGCUGCUGCUGCUGCUGCUGCUGCUGCUGCUGCUGCUGCUGCUGCUGCUGCUGCUGCUGCUGCUGCUGCUGCUGCUGCUGCUGCUGCUGCUGCUGCUGCUGCUGCUGCUGCUGCUGCUGCUGCUGCUGCUGGUGCUGGUGAUGGUGGUUGGCAGCAGAGGAGGGGAAGGAGAGGUGGACAAGAAGAGGGACGAAAGGAGAGACCGCCUCUUCGAGCCAAGACGGAGCCAGUCGAUCUCACACAGGAUGAUGAUGCUGCUGACGUGGCAAUGGCGCAGGCUGGUGAGAAGGAGGCCACGUGGCAAGGUGGUGAUGACGUGGGGGUCGAGCAAGAUGAUGACGUGGCAAUGAAUCAAGCUAUGGGUGCACGGGGGGAGGAAGCAGGAAGGUCAGAGGCAGCAGCAAUUGAUGCUGAGAUGCCUCGAAAUGAAGAUACAGCAGUUGCUGGUGAAACAGGUGCAUGGGGUGCAGAGGCACAAGCAGAGGUGCAAGCAGGAGGGUCAAGGACAGCAGGUGAUGAUAUGUCUCAGAAUGAAGAAGGAGCAGAAGUAGGAGUGGGGGCAGGAGCACCAGCAGACAGAGGAGGAGGAGGAGGAGGAGGAGCAGAAGGAGCAGCAACAGGAUGGGGUGAGAGGAUUGAGAGGGAGGAGGGUGAGGGUGGUGGGUGGGGUGGGUGGGGUAGGAGUGAAGAAGCACGCGGGGCAGGUAGGGAUGCCGGGUGGGGUGGUGGUGAUGCUGAUGCUGAUGCUGAUGCUGCUGCUGAUGCUGCUGCUGAUGCUGCUGCUGAUAAAGGUGGUCCUGCUGAUGGGGGUGGUUGGGGUGAUGGGGGUGGUGGUGAAGGGAUGGAUAGAGGAAGAGAGGGAGCAACAGAAGAAGCAGGGGGUUCGGGUGCAAGUGACAAGGAGAGGGACGAAUGUGAUGGGGGAGGAGCAGGGUGGGGUGCUGCUGCUGGCGCCAGUGGCGCUGAUACUGGUGGUGCUGCUGAUGCUGGUGGUGGGGGUAGUUGGGGUGGGGGUGGGGGUGAUGAGGAGGAUAGAGGAAGAGAGGGAGGAGGAACACCAGCAGGGGGAUGGGGUGCAAGUGACAAGGAGGGGGACGAGGGUGGUGGGUUGAAUGGCAGCGGGGGCGGACGAGGGGGAGGUUGGGCUGGUGGUGAGGAGGAUAGAGGAAGAGAGGGAGGAGCAGCAGCAGCAGCAACACAAGCAGGGGGAUGGGGUGCAAGUGACAAGGAAAGGGACGAGGGUGACACGAAGAAACAUAGUGGACGCUGCUCGUAUGUCACUUCCUCACCCCACAUCCCCCCUUCUCUCCCUUCCCCUUCCCUCCAGCUGCCCCGCCUCACGGCCACAGGGGAGGAGGAGAAAAUUCAUAGUCUCAUGGUGUCGCAGGUGGAAGGGGGAGGCGGGAUAGUGGACGCCGCUGGCAUGGACGUGGACAGUCACGGCGUGCGGCUGGGGAGGGUGAGUCUGUGGCUGGCAGGUGCUGUCUCCUUCCCUUCCUUUGGGAUAGUGUCCGUUGCUGUUUGCAUGGACUUGGGCAGUCAUGGUGUGCUGCUGGAGAGGGUGAGUGAGCUCUUGUUUUCGCCAUCGUUUCAUGCUCUGUUCCUUCAGCUGGUUGCGGGAUUCCUCCUUUUUCUCUCCCCUCCCCAGGUGCGCCUGCGUGCCACCCUGCGCCCAGAGGCAGGGGACAAGCUCACGAGCCGGCACGGGCAGAGGGGGUUAUUGGCCGCGUGCUGCCCUGCCUGCCACGAUCUUCCCUGGUUCGAUGGCGUUGCCAAGCUUGCUGCUUUCCUCUCCCUUCCCUCCCCAGGUACGCCUGCGUGCCACACUCCGCCCAGAGUGGGAGCGCCGCUAGGGGUGGUACCAGACCUGGUGAUCAACCCACACGCGCUGCCCUCCCGCAUGACGCUGGGGCAAGUCAUGGAAGCACUCUUCGCCAAGGUGGCAUGCUCACCCGUGCAAGAGACAAGUAGCAAUAAAGGCCUCUCAUCCUUCUCCGCCUGCUCCUCUGACCUCUGGGGCUCGGACCUUCUCUCUGAAGCACAGCAUCGAUUGCGCAGUUGUGGCUACUCCCCUCUCGAUUUAGGCAAGGACGUUGCAUACUGUGGGUUGACAGGACGGGAGAUGGAAGGGAGGGUGUUUGUGGGACCCACUCACUACCUGCGUCUGAAGCACCUGGCAGCCGACAAGAGAGCCACACGGGCUAUUGGUACCAAGCAGAUGAACACCAGACAGCCGCCUAAGGGCAGGGCGCAGCAGGGGGGCAUGCGGGUGGGGGAGAUGGAGAGGGACUGCCUGGUGGCGCACGGGGCAGCGCACUCCCUCUCUGAGCGCCUCUCCCUCCUCUCAGACGCCACCGCUGUUGCCGUCUGCUCUGCCUGCGGCCUCAUUGCCACUGCGGCCGGUGGAACUGGGGGAGGUGUACCUGGGGUGGGUGGAUCUGGGGGAGGUGGACUCGGGGCGGGUGGUGGUGGUGGUAGCGGUUUUGAUGGUUGCGCUGCUGGUGGUGCUACUGCUGAUCCUGGUGGUUUCGGUGGUUAUGGUGGAGCGGGGAGUGAUCGCCAUGGUCCUCUGUGCCAGUCAUGUGGAAGCAGCACAAACACCACAGAGGUGUGCAUGCCGUACGCCUUGAAGCUGCUGUUUGAAGAGAUGAGGGCCAUGGGGAUUUCCGUGCGCGUACAGCCAUCCCACUGCUGA